AAUUGUAAAAUCAUUGAAAUGGACAGUCUUGAUAAAAUUGACAACAGUUUCUCCAAAAUUAUGCUUCAUGGUGCCUGCACUUGGAAUGCAUUGGAAGCUAAAAAUAGGAUUGGCUUUUAGAGUACCUUUCACGAUCCAAACAGAAUUUGUGAUGCUUCCAUUUCCAUGUUUCUUUUUAGCAUUAUGGUAUUUUAGGCUCCAAUAAGAAUGUUGCAUUAUUCUUGAUGGAAAAAAAGAAUGUUGCAGCAUUUCUUUGGGGAUAUAUUCUUCGAGGGUUGAACAUAGACUUGAACAGAGUUGUUUUCUAUGCUCGAGGCAGAAGACUACUACUCAAUCACCUUGCAGACUUGCUUGGUGUGAUGGAAGAAAUCUCAGGAACUGGAAUGGGAAAGAUAGGAAUUAGAGUAUAAAACAGUCACUGGGCAGCAUAGCCUGAAGAAUUCCAGGAGAGUCUCAGAUGACGUUUGAGGAAAUCUCCACAAUCGGAUACAUUUACUAGUGAAGUCAACCUUCUUUAAUGAUGCGAUAGUGUUCCGGAAACUAAUGGAGGAAGGCAACGAUCGAAAUUCUCCUACAGUGAGGCCAGGUGGCAGUUUUAAAUCCACUUUGUCUGGAAGGUCGACCCCACGAACCUCUCCGUCAUUUCGGCGACUAAAUUCUGGCAGAACACCAAGAAGAGAAGGCAGAAGUAGUUUUGCUAGUUCUCAGAGGUUUCGCGGCAAUCGAUUACUGUUCUGGUUGCUUCUCAUUACCCUCUGGGCUUAUCUUGGAUUUCUUGUUCAGUCCAGGUGGGCACAUAGUGAUAAGAAGGACGAAUUUUCGGGCUUUGGAAUUGGAGGCAGGUUAAGUGACGCAAACUCGAAUGUUGAACAGAGUAGGCGUCAUGAUUUGGUUGCUCGUGAUAAUUCCUUAUCCCUUAAUAAUUACACGGUUAAACAUGAGGUGUGGGAUGGGAAAAAAAUGACCGUGGCUUUGGCCCAGAAAGAAGACGAUGUUCCAUCGCCCCGCAAAACAAGCUCCAAGAAGAAGAGCAGACGAUCACGAUCCAGAGGUAGAGCACGUCGUAAGGUGAAACCUAUAGUGGAAUUUGAGAACAGCAACAUAGAGGAGCAAGAGUCAGAAAUUCCUAAAAAGAAUACUACCUAUGGAAUGCUUGUUGGUCCAUUUGGCUUGACAGAGGAUAAAAUCCUGGAAUGGACUCCUGAGAAGCGUUCUGGUACCUGUAACAGGAAGGGGGACUUCGCGCGUCUUGUUUGGUCCAGGAGAUUUGUCUUAAUAUUCCAUGAGCUUUCUAUGACUGGAGCUCCACUUUCUAUGAUGGAGUUAGCGACAGAGCUUUUGAGCUGCGGGGCUACUGUCUCUGCUGUUGUACUUAGCAGAAAGGGUGGCUUGUUGCCAGAGCUAUCUAGGAGACGAAUUAAGGUGCUUGAGGACAGAGCAGAUUACAGCUUCAAAACUGCAAUGAAGUCUGAUCUAGUCAUUGCUGGAUCAGCUGUUUGUGCUUCAUGGAUCGAGCAAUAUAUUGAACGUUUUCCUGCUGGUGCAAGUCAAGUUGCUUGGUGGAUUAUGGAAAACCGACGAGAGUACUUUGAUCGUUCAAAGGCUGUCCUGGACAGAGUAAAACUGCUAGUCUUCCUUUCUGAGUUGCAAUCUAAGCAAUGGCAAAAAUGGUGUGAGGAAGAAAACAUUAAACUGAGGUAUCAGCCUGCACUGGUUCCAUUGUCCGUGAAUGACGAAUUGGCUUUUGUGGCUGGCAUCCCUUCUACACUUAAUACUCCAUCAUUUAGUGCUGAGAAAAUGUUAGAGAAAAGACAAUUGUUAAGAGAUGCAGUCCGAAAGGAAAUGGGCUUGACUGAUAAUGAUAUGCUUGUGAUGACUUUGAGUAGCAUAAACCCAAGUAAGGGUCAGUUAUUGCUUCUUGAAUCAGCAAGCACAAUAGUAGAACAUGGACAGUUGCAAGAUAGUAAGACCAUGAAGAAAUCAUCAGAUAUGGGAGAAGGCCUAUCUACCCUGGCCAGAAGGCAUCAUAUUAGAAGCUUGAUGCAACUGUUGAAUACUGACAACAGAUCUUUGCAUGAUAUCCGAAGCAUACCUUUGAACAGGAAGGUGUUGUCAAACAGUGGAAAAUCCUUGGAGCAAUCCCUCAGAAUUCUUAUUGGUUCUGUUGGAAGUAAAAGUAAUAAAGUGGAUUAUGUUAAAGGUCUUCUGACUUUCUUAUCUCAGCAUUCGAACUUGUCAAAGUCCGUUUUGUGGACUCCAGCAACAACACGGGUUGCCUCACUUUAUUCUGCUGCAGAUGCUUAUGUCAUAAAUUCUCAGGGACUAGGAGAGACAUUUGGGAGGGUGACUAUAGAAGCAAUGGCAUUUGGUCUUCCGGUGCUUGGAACAGAUGCUGGUGGAACACUAGAAAUUGUUGAGCACAAUGUUACAGGCCUUGUUCAUCCUACUGGACGUCCAGGGAAUGCUGUCCUGGCGCAAAAUCUACGGUUUUUACUUGAAAACCGGUCAGCGAGGGAACAAAUGGGAUUGGAGGGAAGAAAGAAGGUGCAAAGGAUGUACCUGAAGCAGCAUAUGUACAAGAGGUUUGUAGAGGUUAUCGUUAGGUGCAUGAGAAGCAAAUAAGUGCUUAGUGCUUGCAAUUUUCACAUUCUUUUAUUGGAUUCAUAUAUGAUAUGAUCUCUUGAGUUGCUAAAGAAAAAAUCUUAUUCUCUUAAGGUGUUCAAAAGAUAUCGGCUUCUCUGAUUGUAUUACUCUGGAAUAACAAGUUUUAUGCCUUUUUCGACGGGCAAAAUAUCUUGAA